UUCAGGUUGAACUGACAGCUUGCUUUAGAUGAUGGAUCUUGCUCCUUACUGCAGGACGGCUUACGUUUGUGGUGUGCUCUGCUCGCCAGUACGAUGCUCAUUAUACAUAUCAACACCAGAGGCUCGCAACGCAUUGAAAAUUUGUCAUCUUACAUAAAUUUCCACGCUCGUCUGACAGCAUCCCUUAUUCGAAUACAAAAUAUUAUCCGACCUCAUUCGUAACAAGCUUUGAAAUUUAAUAUACAUAUAUAAUGACUGCUAAGGCUGCAGUGCUCCUAGUCCUAGUCUGUCUGCUCUGUCCAUCGGCGCCGCAAACUCUGGGCCACAGCAUAGGCAAGAAACGUUCUCUAGCUUCGACCAGCUUACUAUACGAUGACGGGCGCAACAAUGCUAAGGAAGGUUGUGGUAGGAAAGACGAAGGUUGCCACAUAAAACUAUCUCCGAAUGCGGCCACGAGGCAAAAGGCCUCUUGCAUUGCCAUGAAAGCGGCACAGGAAGCGAAAGCUGCCUCAGAUGCCCAGUUGCCAGCCGCGGAAAAUGCAGCGCUUCAGGUGAAGAUUCAGUUGGCCGACAAAGCAUUGGCAGCAGCAAAUGCUGCAGACGCUGCUUUGGCAGGUAAACUGCAAAUCGUUGAGCAACUGGAGUCGGAGGUGCGUGAAGGCGAGCUGGUCGUGGAGGAAGAAAUGGGUUCGCUGCAAGCGACGCAGAGCAACUGCAACGCAGCCGCGCAGGCGGCCAAGCAGGCCGGCGUACAGCUGAAGACCCUCGGCGAGGCGGUUAAGAAUGCCCAGGCCAAUGUGAUCAACUCGGAGCACGCUGCGAAUGGCGCCCAGCAGGAGCUGACCGAGAAACAGCAGCUGGUCGAGGCGGCCAAAAAGCGUGUCGAACUGCUCCUCCGGCAACUCGAUGCCGCACGAACCGAUUACCGGAACACACAAAAGGCGGCCGAGCGUGCCGCAUGCGCCGCCCAGGAAGCCAAGCAGCGCGCGACGCGGGAGCGACGCAAGGCUGAGAUACGUAGCAAGCUGCAUCAGCAUAUGCAGCAGUAAA